GGCACAAGCCAACGCCACAGUGCACAUGACCGUUAAACGAAAAUUCCGUUUUUCCAACCCUGCGUCCACCUCCAUAACCGAACCCUUAGUUUUGGCGAAGAGAGAAUUAGUCAUGAUUAAGCACCAUUACUAUCUAUAUCUUUUGGGUUAAAUUUCAUACCCUUUUAUAAACCUCUACAUGCAGUAACCCUAAUUGUCAAGUCAUCAGAGAGACAGACCUGAUUUUGUACGUAAAUUUCGAACAAGAACCUUGAAAAAGUUCGUAGAAUUACCCGAAACAAUGGAGAUUUACAAUGCUUGCAACACCAAAGCCGAUACAGGGAAGGCUCCAACUAGGUUACAACAGCGUGCCCCGGUGUCUCUUCAGCUUGAUCAAAUCGCAAGCACUGCCUCCACCAACACUUUAUACGAGGAUGCUUCAAUGACGAUCCCAUUACUGUCUCCGGUAGUCAUUCCAUCUCCAAAUCCAGUGGCAGUGGUGAUAGAAAAAGGCGGUGAUCAGAACGUGAGAAGUAGUAUUGCACCGCCCUUUCCGGCUGCAGGCGGGUGGCAACACCCGGCUGCAGGCGGCUGGCAUCACCCGGCUCUGUCUCCUUUUGUGGAUCCCUCAACGUUGUUUACCGUGUUUCAAACCCAGUGCAUGAUCUUGAACCAGCGCAGUACUGACAUCUAAAGAUUUCGACUUGGUUAGGGCCUGUUUUUUGAGAGGAGCUUUGCCUGCUGCCUGUGUAGAACAGAGUACAGAUCAUUCUCAAAUAUUAACCUGCAUUUCUCCACGGUUCCUGAUUUUAUUUGACUUCAUGAUUUUGUAUGGUUUUUUGCGAUUUUAUUCAAUUUUUUCUUCUUCUAAAAUUCGGAAGUUGGCUA